GGUGUAGAGGAGUGGAACGAGCAGUCCGGAUCCACACAUUCACACUGGUGCGUGUUUCUCCGUCUGUGAAAAACCUGGAUGGCUGGGUAAACCGCACAGAAAACACACUUCCACCCGCAGCAGAGACUCAGAUGUGCGCUCUUUGAUGCGAUAAAGCGGAUAUUUCACACUUUCCCGGAGUCAAACAGAAGAUCUCAAGAUGAAAUACAAAAACCUAAUGGCCAAAGCGUUGUAUGACAACGUUCCAGAGUCCCCAGAGGAGCUGGCCUUCCGUAAAGGGGACAUCCUGACCGUCAUCGAGCAGAACACCGGGGGCCUGGAGGGCUGGUGGCUCUGCUCCCUGCACGGACGCCAAGGCAUCGCCCCCGGCAACCGCCUGAAGCUGCUGAUCGGACCCAUGUUUGAGACCCAGUCGCCGGCUACCACUGCCGCCACUGCCGCCGCUGCAGCCCAGUCCUCUCCACAGGGCUCGGCCUAUCAGCAGAAGGCCGGGUCGGGGGCUCAGGGGCUCUACCAGGUACCACAGUCCCUGCAGAGUCCACAGCAGCAAGGCCUCUACCAGGUUCCUCCAGGACAAGACGUCUACCAAGUCCCACCCAGGAGCACUCUGGCUGCAGAUAACACACCAAGCAAGGUGGUGACCCCGACCAGAGUGGGACAGUCCUACACCUACAGCCCAGGACAGCACAACCAGCAGGACCUCUAUGACGUCCCACCCAGCAGAUCACAGGGGGUGUACGAUAUUCCACCCGGUCAGAUGUUGGGGUCAGCGUACGCGGGACAGCACUGCAGCGCCCGAAACCAGGGGGUCUAUGACGUCCCGCCGUCUCAAAUGGAUCACAGGACACAAGGCGUUUAUGACAUCCCUCCUGCUUCACAAGGAGUCUACUCGGUGCCUCCCUGCAGGACCAACCCUGCCCUCCAGGAAGGAAACUAUGAUUUCCCACAGCCACUCAAACACAAACAGGAGGGUAUCUACGAUGUACCCCCGCCUGCCCUCACAAAGGCCACACAGAGCUCCCAGUCCAACUAUGACUUCCCGCCCAGUGCAGAUCCUUCUGCACAUCACCAACACCAGAACACAAACGGCAAUGAGGGCAUUUACGACGUCCCUCCACCUACCGUUCAUUCGGGAGCGGGGUCUCAGAGGGACAUAUACGACAUCCCCCGGGGCAUGCAGGUGUCCCAGCACAGAACCUCACCCAUCGACCGAGACGGGAGCAAAGGCAUCUACGACAUCCCGGCUCAGGACGCUCGUGCAGUCGCAGACGUGACAGACGGCGUGAACCGCCUGUCGUUCUCCAGCACCGGAAGCACUCGCAGCAGCAUGUCGACGUCCUCCUCGUCUACAGGUUCCAGCUCUGAGGGACGCCUCGCUCUGGACGUGGACGCCGCCGUGCAGAGGCUGUACCGCCUACAGCAGUCCGUGGAGGCCUCAGUAGGGGCUUUACAUUCAAUGGCAGCUUCCCCUCACUGGAGGACUUUUCCCUUCAUGGAACGCCAUGCUAACGACGUCCGCACAGUGCUGGACCGGGUCCGAGCUGCUCUGGGGGACUUUAUUGUAUUUGGUAGAGGAGCUGCUGCAAAUGCGACGGCUCUAUCAGACUGCAGCCUGCACAGUAAGCUGAGGAGGCAACUGGGACGCCUGGAGGACUCCCAGCAGAUCUUACUACAGAUCUACCAGGUCCUGGAGAACUGCAGCUGGGCUCUGAACGCCCUGGCUUCAUCCAAUCCAGGAAAGCACCACAACAAGAGCGACGAUGUGGACCGCUUCGUCAUGGUGUCCAGGACUGUGCCAGAUGAUGCCAAGCAGCUGGCCUCUACAAUCAGCAGCAACGCAGAGCUGCUGUUCAGGCGGACGCCCAUGGAUGGGUCUUUCUCUGUCGGGAGCACACCAGAUGAGAACAUGAUCCACCCGCUGAGCUCCCCCUCCUCAGACAAUGACAACUAUGGAGGCCAGACCAAACCGUUCCCUGUGCCCUCCAGCCAAGACAAAGACAAUAUGAACAACAGUGAAAAGUGUGUUAAAAGCUGGAUGGAGGACUAUGAUUACGUACAUUUGCAGGGCAAAGAAGACUUUGAACGCCAGCAGAAGGAGCUGUUGGAGAAAGAAAAUAUUAUCAAGCAAAAUCAAGUCCAGUUGGGCCAGGAGCAGAUCAAUCAGUUCAAGAAGCUGGAGCAGGAAGUGAGCAAACCCGUGGAGAACGACAUCACACAGUGGAUCUCGGCCUCCUCGUCCGACUCCUCAUCAUCCCUCUCCCCGUCCACACACGUGUGCGCCCGGGACCGCCAGCUGCUCGUCUUCUAUUCCGAACAGUGCGAGCAACACUUCGUCACGCUGCUCAGCGCCGUUGAUGCGUUCUUCAGCUGCGUCAGCGCUGGGCAGCCUCCCCGCAUCUUUGUAGCUCACAGCAAGUUCGUCAUCCUCAGCGCCCACAAACUGGUCUUCAUCGGAGACACUCUGUCCAGGCAGGCCUCGACCCCAGAGGUGGCCAACAGGGUGAUGAACUCCAGCAACGUGUUGUGUGACUUGUUAAAAACAGUGGUGACUGCCACCAAGACGGCCGCUCUGAACUACCCCAACACGGCUGCCAUCCAGGAGAUGGUGGACAGAGUCACAGAUCUGUCACAUCAGUCACAGCAGUUCAAAGAACAACUACUGCAAAUGGCUUCUUUGUGAUUUUCAGCUCCGUUGCUCGUGUUUUUUGUCACAUUUCGACACCAUGUGCAGAGUAAUUUAGCGUGAAUAUAUAUUUACAGUCCAUAUAUAUAUAUAUAUAUAUAUACAUAUAUAUAUAUUGCUUCCCAUCUUUAAUUAAGUCUGUUUUGAAUGUUGUAAAUAGUCUUUCUGUUCUGUAAAUAUUUGCUAUAUUUUUGUUUAGAUUGUUUUAUAUUAUGGUAUGAAUAUAUAUGUAGCUGCAGUAUCGAUGUCUCUGUAGGGUUUUGUGAACAUUUUUCAUAACAUUCCUGUUGCAUAUUAUGAUAUUAUGAAGCACCUUAUGAGAUGUCCUGUUUUUCAUUUUCACCUGUAAAAUGUCGUGGAUGUGUCCUACUGCUGGGUGUGACAGUGGAUUUCUUUGUACGUCAUGUUAAUGUCAAUGUGUGAGCGAUUCUCCACAAAGUAAAGGAUUGUUCCUAAACAAACGACUGUGUC